CCUGCGGAGCCGCCGUCGCGAGGUCACGUGGUGCCGCCGCUGCCAGGCGCGGGGCGGAAGUGGCGGCGCUGGCGAUGGAGGGGACGCUGGAGCAGCACCUGGAGGACACCAUGAAGAGCCCGGCCGUGGUGGGCGUCCUGUGCACCGACUCGCAGGGGCUCAACCUGGGCUGCAGAGGGACCCUGUCGGACGAGCACGCUGGCAUCAUCUCGGUGCUGGCCCAGCAGGCAGCCAAGCUCACCUCCGACCCCACUGACACGCCCGUGGUGUGCCUGGAGUCGGACAAUGGGAACAUCAUGAUCCAGAAGCACGACAGCAUCACCGUAGCAGUGCACAAGCUGCUGUCCUGAGCCUCGGGGACCAGCUCCGCUCGCGGCUCCUCCUCCCUGCACACCACCCUCCCUUUGGAGCUCCACACCUGGGAUGAAGGCUCUCCCUCCCCUCUCACGGCUCCUGGGCAGCUCUCCGGGGCUCCAGCUCACAUUUUAGCCCUUGUGCUGCUGAGGAUGAACCGUGGGCACUCCCCCAGCCCCUGUUACAGCAGAUGCUACCGGCUGUGGGGAGGGGGCUCAUUUGUUGGAGAGAUCAAUAAUAAAUGACCUGUAAAAAC